GUGAGCGCAAACAACUGAGCUGACAGCAUUUGCAAUCAAAUCGCUUGUUUUCUCAGUCGUAUUUCAGCGCUGAUCUCCAUCUCCCGAGAUAAUUCCAAUUACUUACUAUGAUAUUUGGCCAUAUUUGCAAAACUGGUUAUUUUAGUUUAGCUACACAUUUAUUUUUUAGUUUCACUCGGUGCUAUCGUAGAGCAUUGGUAAACGUGGACACUUGCUUUUGCCGAAUAAGCAGCCACAGGUAUCUGGUUUGAAGGAGAAGAAGGUUUUUCGAUCAGCUGAUAUUCGGGGCUGCGGCAAGACAGCUGGACUUCUCACUGCCUGUGGAUAAUGAGAUGAUGGCCAAAAUGACCGGCUCCCCAGGCAAUGAGCUACCUCUCCUGCAGCUUCAAGAGGUGGACUCCAGCAAGGUUGGGGAGAACGGGGGCUCCGCUGGGUUGCUGCCCUCCAUGUACAAUGGUGCCCUGCCUACGCUAAGCAUGGACAACCACGCUGUGUGCAUCCCGUCCCCCUACACGGACAGCGGCCACGACUACACCACACUGACCUUCUACAGGCCUCCCAUCCUGGGCCAUGCUGGCCCCGCCGUUCCCGAGGGCCCUGACGUGCGCCCCUCCCUCAGCCCCUCUCUCUUCUGGCCGUCCCACGGGCACCACGGCCACGUACCCCAGCUGGCCCUGCACUUCCAGCAACCCCUGCUGUACAGAGAGCCCCCUCACAGCCCCUGGGGGGAACCCAAACCACUCGAACAGGGCCACGCCCAGACCAGGAAUCGACCAAGGAGCUGUUGGGUCGAUGGGUGUUAUCAUGCUGUGGCAGGAUACUCGUUCGCUCGAUGGAGUUGUGGGUUCGUGGCGUGUUCUUUGCAUCGACCCAGUGGGACAUACCGUACUCACCGCUGCCUCCUGCUGUCCUCCAGCAAGCUCGCGAAGAGGGUGGCGGAGAGCGAGGAGGGGGCGAGCUCCGGCGGGGGCUGUUUUGCGGGGAAGGGAGACAUGCACUUCUGCGCCGUGUGCCACGACUACGCCUCGGGGUAUCACUACGGCGUCUGGUCCUGCGAGGGCUGCAAGGCCUUCUUCAAGAGGAGUAUCCAAGGGCACAAUGAUUACAUCUGCCCUGCCACCAAUCAGUGCACUAUCGACAAGAACCGGCGCAAGAGCUGCCAGGCGUGCCGACUCCGCAAGUGCUAUGAAGUGGGCAUGAUGAAGUGUGGUGUCAGACGCGAGCGCUGUACGUACCGGGGAGCACGACACCGCCGUCUGCCCCAGAUCCGUGACUUGGCGGGGUCCGGGGGCGGGGCCCGGGCGCACAGGCGGGGUGAGGGGCCCGCCACUCAGGUGCAGUCCUCAGCGCUCACGCCCGAACAGCUCAUCGACCACAUCGUGGAGGCGGAGCCCCCGGAGAUCUACCUCAUGAAGGAGCUGAAGAAGCCCUUCACCGAGGACAGCAUGAUGAGGUCGCUCACCAACCUGGCAGACAAGGAGCUUGUCCUCAUGAUCAGCUGGGCCAAAAAGAUCCCAGGGUUUGUGGAGCUGGACCUGUCUGACCAAGUGCACCUGCUGGAAUGCUGCUGGCUGGAGCUGCUCAUGCUGGGCCUGAUGUGGAGGUCUGUAGAUCACCCUGGAAAGCUCAUCUUUUCUCCAGACCUCAAGCUCAAUAGGGAUGAAGGAAGUUGUGUGGACGGGAUCCUGGAAAUCUUUGAUAUGCUGCUGGCGGCGACCUCCAGGUUCCGGGAGCUGAAGCUACAGAGGGAGGAGUAUGUGUGCCUCAAAGCCAUUAUCCUCCUCAACCCCAACCUGUGCUCAGCCUCAGCCACCGACAACCGCGAGGAGACAGAGAGCCGCAGCAAGCUUCUGCACAUGCUGGACGCGGUGACCGACGCGCUGGUCUGGACCAUCGCUAAGAGGGGCCUGACCUUCCAGCAGCAGUCCGCCCGGCUGGCCCACCUGCUCAUGCUGUUGGCCCACAUCCGCCACGUCAGUAAUAAGGGCAUGGAGCACCUGUCCAACAUGAAGAGGAAGAACCUGGUGCCGCUCUACGACCUCCUCUUGGAGAUGCUGGACGCCAACACCAUGCACGGCACCCGAAUGUCUGAAUCAUACUCCCAGCCACCCCCCUGGCCCCCCACUGCACAGAGCCAGCCCAGCCCACAGCCGUCUUGCAGCGGGGAGGGGCCUUGUCCUCCCAAGGAAAGCAGUACCAUCUAGCACCCUGGAACAAGCUGCAGUUCCCUAUCGUUAGAUUGUCAGAGGGAAGUAUUUUAUAUUGUGGGCCAUUUACUGUAACAUCAUUUUAAAAGACAAGUAUAAUGUAACCUUGUGUGCUACGGAUUUCAGAUCGGGAAGAACUAGUUAAACAUGAUCUCCAGAGGCUCACGUGAGGCCUCUACCUACCAUAAAACAUUUUGAAAGUAAAGUAUACUUUGUAGUACAGUCCUUUUUGAGCAUCUCCCUGCAAUUGCCUUUGGUUGAUCCUGUGGCAGUAUUCCUGGCGCUGGUUUGGUGAAUUUUGAGAAGUGUGAGGGUCUUUAUUGGUUUAAUUAGGCCUGUGCAUCUUCUUGGCAGACAGGUCAGUAUCAGACCAACUUGGGUGUCAAUUCUCUGGUGAGGUGUGCAUGGCGAGGAAACGUUAUGAACAGUAGUUCUUGGCUGUUGACAGGUAUGUCUACUGACCCCCUUUGGGUUCAGAGAUAGAGAAAGAGAUUCAAGUUCUUGGGAGUUUUUAGUUCUUCAGUAAUGCCAUCUGUGCCUUUAUGGGUCUUGAUGGCUGUGUGCAGUUCUCCUAGCCAGUUCUUUCAAUAGAUAUCUAGCUAGACCAUUUUGCUUAUUUUCUGUUUGCUACAUAAGAAAAUAGAAAUUGGCUUUGCUUGCUAUCUAUAUCGCUUGUGGGCUAGCUAAUUUUGUUUGAUUAUAGUUUGCUAACUUAAUUUCAUUUGCUGCUUGUUUAAUGUAAAGUUAACUAAUAACUUGCAGAAGUUACAUAAUUAUUUAGACUGGUAUUCUGUUACAAUGAAUCACACUUAUAUUCUGAUGGACAGCUGUUUGUGUCUUGAUUUUUAAAUUUGAGUGCACUGUAAUUCAGGCAGACAAGGAAGCCAGAUCCUAUAAUGCAAAUGGAACAAUUGUCAGUAAAUGAGUAUAAUACUAAUUGUUAUAGUCUGUAUUGUGACUUCAAUAUUUUUAAUUAGUCUGGGAGCUCAUGAAAUUCUGUUGAAUUGAUUGUCAGUUUUAUGUUUUCUGAGAUAUGUAUCAAGUGUUUAGCACACAUUCUUAUCCUGGAUGACCUCAUUAUAUUGAGGAACCAUUCUUGUUGAUCACUACUCAGCUGCAAGUGUAAAUUUUUCAAAUACUGUUGUUCAUGUACAAUGUAGAACCAUAUUUACACGAAGCAACCAGUUGACACUUCCCCAAAGGUCAGCCUGGGCUGGGGUUACAAUGUUGGAUUAUUAUUACAAUGAACUGGAUAUUACCUUGGAUUAUUAAAUUUGUAAAAUUGGAUUUGAAGAUUGGAUUACUUUUAAAUUGUCAAAAUUUCAGACCAGUUUCAAUGUGGAUACCUAGGCAUGCUACAAGGAAUAAUACUCAAGUUUAAAUUGAUGGUGUAAUAUUCCUUUAAAUGUUCCACAAUAUGAAGUACUGCUCUGUGACAAUGCGUUUCAUUUGAAGACUCUUGGGAUUUUUCGAACUGUUUAGUGACUGCUGCUGUGUUUGGUCAUGGAGAAGACCGUGUAACACCUGGGUUGCACACUGGAACCACAAGCCGAAGAGAUUAACCGCACAGUCUGGGAGGCUCGUGAAUGGCCUUAGACUGCUGUGCAGCUCCUCUCUAAGAAGACAUUUUGGAGGUUUGGUGGGCUUUGUGCCUGAAUUGUUUCAAAUGAAGUAACAUUUUUCCUGUUUUUGUAACCAAGUUUUUCUGUAAGUGUACCCUGGCAACAUUAUGCUGGAAACUCUUUAAAACUGUUUUUGUCUAUGAAGGGGAUAAUUUGUAUCAGUAAAUAUAUAAUUGGCAAUAUUGUUGUUUUUCAUUCAUUGUUUUUCCUGUGAUUUCUUGUAAAUAGACAUUGGUUGGUAAUGCAGUAGUUCUCUGUAAAUCUUUCAGUCAAUUUUUAAAAAAGAACAUGUUUGAAUCAAUUUUCUUUGAUUUAUCUGUUGUUUCCCCCCACCAUGUGUCCAUCAUGUGAUUUUCUUUUUUUUGCACUAAAUUGUACACCAAGAAGCAGCUUAUUCAGUAAAUGGUGCACUUUAAAUUUAAA